AUGUGGUACUACCAGCAGAGCGAUGUGGUGGACAGUUGGAGGCAGAAACCUGUGAAAGUGUCGUACCAGGAACUGCCAGAACUUGCCUAUCAGAGAUUUCAGGUUGCCUUGCUCUUCACCAAUGUGUCCGGCUCUGUGAAUGAUAAGGGAACUUGUCAGUGCUCUGUGUACUUGCCGGAUACCACCUUUCCUGUGCAGAAGGCUGAGCAAUUGGAAAUUAUAGCCACGACACUCUCCAAGAAAUUUGAGACAGAGCUUUCUCAAGUUAGAGAGUACUCAAAAAUGAUUGAACUGUAUCAGCAGAAAAUCCUUAAUCUAACCAUCAGAGUGGAGCAUAUGGAGAAGAGCAGUGUAUCUUACACAGAACUGGACUUCCAGUUACUGAAAGUGGAAAUCAGUGACCUGGAGAGACUGGUCACUCAGCUGAAAUCCAGCCUUGUUGGAAGCAAUGUCAUCGUUGAGCAAAUAUAUUUGGAGAUCACAAAUCUGACUAUACUGGUGAAUGAACUAGAAUCACUGGACAAAAACAAUAUCCUUGCAAUUCGUCAACAAAUUGUGUCUCUGCAGAAUCGACUGAAAGCGUGUGAAGAGGGCACAAACAAAACUACAGUACGCCCUUAUUUCCCACCAGGUAGCUGCAUUCAUCGUGGACUACUGAAUGUUACCCAGCCCUAUAUUGUCAAGCUGAACUGGAGAGGAUUUUCCUACAAAUAUGGUUCCUGGGGUAGAGAUUACUAUCCCUCUAACCCAGAGAAGGAAGUCUAUUGGGUUGCACCAUUGAACACAGAUGGGAGAUAUUUGGAAUAUUACAGAAUUUAUAGUUCCUUUGAUGAUUUGCUGCUGUUUAAACCCAUGUAUCAAAGUAGAAUAACAUAUGGAGAAGGAAGUGGUGCUGCCCUUUAUAAUAAUUUUUUGUACUAUCAUGCUUAUAGUUCAAGAUAUAUGGUGAAGCAUAAUUUAAAAACAAACUUCAUGGUUUUGAGAAAGGAGCUUCCAGAUGCUGCUAUCGGUAAUCGUUUCUCUUAUGCAGGUGUAUCAUGGCAAGACAUAGAUUUUGCUGUGGAUGAAAGUGGGUUAUGGGUAAUAUAUUCAACAGAAAAUAGCAUGGGCAACAUUGUGAUUAGCAAACUCAAUGAGACCACACUUGAUGUGCUAAAUACUUGGCAGACGAGGCAGUACAAACCAUCUGUUUCCAACGCUUUCAUGUUGUGUGGCGUUCUGUAUGCCACAAGGCCAAUCAGCACUAGGAAAGAGGAAAUCUUCUACAUGUAUGACACAAGCACUGGCCAGGAAGGUAGAAUUAGUGUCGUUAUGGAUAAAAAGUUAGAUACAAUUCAAAGUAUCGAUUAUAACCCCACAGAUCAGAGAUUGUAUGUUUACAAUGAUGGUUACCUUCUAAGAUACGGUGUGGUCUUUCAGCCUUAG